UAGUUUAUGAUAACAGUAAAAUAUUUACUUUUGAGUUCCCCAUGUGAAAUUACAAGGAAUCAACCAGAGUCGGACGCCUCUCCGUACCAGAAGGCGAAUGAUGACAGAGAGAUGACGUCCGCGAUAAGUUGAACUGGUCGGGUGGGGCCUUAUUCGUUGAGUCUCGCUCUCGCGUCCACAGCGUCUCAGUCUGGUGGCAGACAUAAAACGGAGUUGUAGUAGAAAGUAGGUCCUCGAAGAAGAAUUCCAGGGCCUAUUCUCGCGCGAGCCCACGUCCAACAAUGUUCAACGAACAAUAAAUUUAAUGUGCAAAAAUGUGAAUACUUGUUAAAUGUGCCAGAAAUAAAAAUGUUGCUGCACUACACACGUCUCCGUAUUCUAGUGCUCGUCGUUCUCGCGCUCUUGCAAGUAUCGGAAAGUGGUAAGCCAGUUAUUUGGCCAAACCAAAAAGAAAUUCUGAUUGACGAAGGAGAAACCUUAGAAAUUACUUGCAAUGGCACUACACGAAUCAAAUUUAUUUAUCCAAAUAGUUUUGAAGCUACAAUUAAUACUUCAACUCCGAAAACAAUUGAGACUGAAAAUGAUGGCAUUCAUGAAUUUGUUUUUCAACUACCAAAUACUGUUUUCGCCGAUACAGGCUGGUACGGUUGCGCGGACUACGACGUUGACAUUAUUCCAAAUUCUUACGACAAUCCCGAAGUGAACUGGAUAUAUGUUUAUGUAAAAUCUAGUACGCAUUUCUUCGUGGAAACAGAAACCCUUGUUCAUCUAAAUGCAAUUGUUGGUAAUGAUCUUGCAAUACCAUGUAGAACUACAUCACCAGAUAUAGUACCUAUUUUAUAUGUCAAUGAUGAUGAAGAGACGGAGAAACCAUUUGAUCCGAGAAUUGGUUUUAUGAUGAAGAGCCUGACAGUGAAAGAUAGCGAUUGGUACAAAUGUUCGAUAGAGAAGGAUAACAUAAUACAAAAUAUCGAUUACAUAUUGACCGUGAAUCUAAAGGAGGUCUUGUUCGAGCCGAUAAUCAACGAUGACAGUUUGCGUCACGUUACUCGCGGAGAAGAUCUUCAUGUGAAUUGUACUGUGCAAGUGGACACGUCUAUGCGGUACAUGUUCAAUUGGACCACUCCGCAACAGAGUAGCAGUAGAAUAAAUACUCAACAUUUUAGAAAAAAUCUCGACGGAAAUAAUCUCGAAGUUACGUGUCAGUUGACAAUAUUUGAUGUAAUGGACGAUGAUGCGGGAGAAUAUGAGUGUUUUAUUAAGACGAUUCAUGAUAUGAAAAAAACAACGAGAAACAUUAAAAUACACGAUCCUCAAAUAAAGUAUAUCAAUCUUACACCUCAACAUCCUGCUAAAUAUUACCAAGCAGAAAGUGGUAGUAGUGUGCAAUGGGUUGUUUAUAUCGAUGGAUAUCCUAAACCUCAUAUACAAUGGUUUAACAUGAAUGACGAGGAAAUUACAAAGAACUCAAAAUAUUCUGUGACUACAACUUCCACAAGUACUAUUUUGAAGAUAAUGUUAUUAACCUUAAUGGACAGAGGAGUUUAUACGCUUGAAGCUAAAAACAAGGAUAUUAUUGAAAAACUAAAUUUUACGUUGGAUGUUAUGGCCAAACCAUAUUCUUUAUUGGCGGAUGUUGAAUCUUACUAUGCACCUAAUGAAAGUGCCGAGUUUCAUUGUGAAGUGGUUUGUUAUCCGCCUCCGAAUAUAACAUGGAGUUUUCUAAAAUGCCCUAAUUAUCCAUCACUUGAAAAUUCAACAAUUGUGCACCUGACAGAUGUAAUGCAAAGUGCGACUUCUGACUAUAAUAUCAAAUUUACUUCAAGAGUAAAAAUGCCUAUUGAAGUGUCGGGGAAAAUAACAUGUGAGGCCUGCAAUACUCUUGGCUGUGAGGCUUCAACCGAGAUUCUUUUUGUUUCUGAUGGAGUAGGUGCUUUUGGUAUUAUCGAACCAAAGGAAUUGGUGUCAGUUGGUGAUGAUGUAGAAUUUACGUGUGCUGCUUCCAUCUAUAAUUAUACAGAUGAUCUUACAUGGACAAAUAAUAGUUCUCUACAAACGCCAAUUGUAGAAACAGAAAGACUACAUAUUAUACGACAUAAAACUCCGUUUACUUAUCAAUCAACUAUAAAAAUCAAUAAUGUUCAAAAAUCAGAUGCUCAGGAUUACAUCUGUAUCGGCAAAUAUAUAUCAUCAAAUACAAUUUUGUCCGAAGAUGGAUUCUAUAAAUUAGUUGUGCAUGAUCCUGCACCACCAACUUUCGACAAAAGUAAUAUGAAUAAAACAAAAGUAAGAGAAAUAGACGUGAUUACGGAUGGCCAUAAAACAGUGACAUUACAAUGUUUUGCAGUUGGACUGCCAAAACCAACAUUGACCUGGUACAAAGACAAUACACUGUUAAAGGAAAAUGACCAAUAUUUUUUCAAGCACAAUUAUCAAGAACUAAACAUAAAAUAUUUAAAACAACACGAUAGCGGAAAAUAUUCGUGUCGCGCCACUAAUCGAUUAGGCACCAGCGAAAAUUAUCAGCAAAUAACAGUAAAACAUGGAAAACGGCAGAAACUUGAAAUAGUAUUAGCUAUUUUCAUAGCUAUUUUAGUUGUCUUCCUAGUGAUUUUAGGAAUCUUUUACAUAAUUAGAAUUCGUCGUGAAAAGAGAAUGAAGAGAGAAUUAAUGGAAGCAGGUCUUACUCAUUUUGAAGAAGGUGCUUUGGAAUGUCUAAAUCCAGAUCUGACAGUGGAUGAUCAAGCAGAAUUACUUCCGUACGAUAAAAAAUGGGAAUUUUCACGGGAAAAAUUGAAACUCGGAAAGCAAUUGGGCAGUGGUGCGUUUGGAGUUGUAAUGAAGGCGGAAGCACAAGGAAUAUGUGACAACGAGACCGCCACUACUGUUGCCGUAAAAAUGGUUCGUCGGACCACUGAUCCAACUUAUGUCCGCGCACUAGCGAGUGAAUUGAAAAUAAUGGUACAUCUUGGCAAGCAUCUCAACGUUGUCAAUCUUCUUGGUGCUUGCACUAAGAAUAUUUCCAAACGUGAAUUGUUAGUUAUUGUCGAAUAUUGUCGCUUUGGAAAUCUGCAUAAUUAUCUGUUGAAACAUAGAACCGAUUUCAUUAAUCAAAUUGAUCCCAAAACUGGAAAACUCGAUCUUGCUAUCGGUAUAGAUAUACUUGCAAGAACUAGUAUCAGUAGUGAUAACAGGAUAAAAUAUGCGGCAUUAUCCUUUUCCCGCAGUCUUAAUGUGAAUUCAGGCACCGAUACAGUGGUAUGCUACAGUCCGCAAACAAAUCCGGAUGUUGAAGAGAUUGGCUCCUCGCCAGACGGAUGCAUUCUUAGUAAUAAUUCGUCUCAACCGGGUUGGAGAUCAAAUUAUCACGGUGACUAUAAGGACCAGAAUCUCAAACCCAUUUGCACUCAAGACCUAUUAUCUUGGGCAUUCCAGGUAGCACGUGGAAUGGAAUAUCUCAGUCACAGAAAAGUGUUGCACGGUGAUUUGGCAGCAAGAAAUAUUUUACUUGCUGAAAAUAACAUAGUAAAAAUUUGCGAUUUUGGUCUCGCAAAAAAUAUGUACAAAGAUGGCAAUUAUAAGAAAAAAGGAGAUGCUCCAUUGCCUAUAAAGUGGAUGGCAAUCGAGUCGAUUAGAGAUCGUAUUUUUUCCACGCAAUCCGACAUAUGGUCUUUCGGUAUAGUUUUGUGGGAAUUUUUCUCCUUGGCUAAGACACCGUAUCCCGGCAUGGAAGCGGAAAAGCAGUAUCAAAAGUUGAUCGAAGGUUACAGAAUGGAGCAACCGGAAUACGCUAUUGAUGAAGUAUAUGACAUAAUGUUACAGUGCUGGAAAGCUAAACCCACAUUGCGUCCAAGUUUUUCGGAUCUUGUAGAAAGCAUUGGCAAUUUAUUAGAGGAAAGUGUGAAAUCGCACUACAUCAGUUUAAACACACCGUACAUGGACAUGAACGAAACCUUGAAGGAUAGCAAAAACGAUUAUCUGACAAUGAUGUCCGCGCCAGAUCACGCAAUUUUGUCGUCGCCGAGUCACGAUUACGUGAACGCGCCAUUUUCGGAGAGUACACCAAAUUCGACGUAUUUAUGCAUGACUCCUAGCUGUCAGACGGAUGAAUCCGGAAUAUUUAGUCCUAGACCGCAUCAGGACCACACGCACUUUGAAUUCCCAUCACCAGCGUCGGAUUCCGAGGACGCUAUUGAAUUGUCGCCGAUGCUAAAGCAAGAAGAGGAUGAUCCCUACCUUAAGCCGAUCAACGUACAUGCACGAAGGGCGGAGUUCACGCGACAAAGGCAAACAAUAAAAAAUCAGAGGCCCGAUAGAUCGAUCGAUCGAGAUUCUGGUUAUUGUAACGCGCCACGAAAUCUUCGUCUAAUAGAUUUAAACGACGUGGACGAGAACGAUUCGAUUCGACAAAUUGACGCGGAUGAAGUAGACUUGGGAAAGAAAGACUUUACGCCGUCUAUUAUCAGCACGCAAAACAACUACAUAAAUAUGCCGAAACAGAAGAACGAGCUGAGAAAGGAUAUGCCGGAAAGCUUUAGCAAUCCUAGUUAUAUAAUGAUGAGCAAUCGAGAAAUGGAUCAGACAGUUUAGUCUGUUUAUGUUUAAUCUCAAUCGUACAGCUUCGUAACUGUCGGAUUAUUUUUAAAAUAGGAUUUAUGAUGGAUUCAUUUGUGACUUUGUGUUAUAGUGACUCUUAUUACAAUUUUUUGUACUAUUGUAAUUAUAAUUGUGCAUUGUAUAAUGUCGCAUAACAUGUCUAAUUUAAUGUUUCGCAAAGCAUCUACUGUUUUUGGAUCAGUGUGCCAUGAUGAUCAACAGUGCAUCGAGAAUUCAUUGGUGAGUGAAAAAAAAUGCUUUCUUAUUGAAUACAAUAACAUGAAACAAUGAACACACUCGUAAUGCACAUUUUAAUUUUUAUUACUCUUUUUCUACGUGAUUUUUACACGACACUGAUUUUGACUAAUUUGACCGUUUACAUAGCUUCUUAUGCAUGACGAGUAAAUUAUAUUUUAUUGAUAAUUACGAGAGUAUUUCUCAUGACUGAGAAUUAAUAUUUGCCUAUUAAUGCAUUCUAUUUAAAAAAUGCAAAAAUUUUUGAAUUUAUUGAACUAUAAAUUU